AUGGAUCGUAGUUGGAUAUCAACGUCCAAGCCGGGUGACCCACAAUAUGAAGUUGGAAUACGUGAAUUUAUUAAUUUUGCAAUGAAAAAUGCUGGUGAUCGAUCUAAGUUACCAUGUCCUUGUUUCAAGUGUCAUAAUUUUUUGUAUAGACUGCCCGAUGAAAUUCUUAGUCACUUAAGCAAAACGGCUUUUGAUAGAACAUAUACCAUUUGGAAAUGGCAUGGGGAAACUAAUGAAGGAACUUCUACAACUGCUAAAGGAACACAUGAUGAUGAAGGUCUUAAUCAUAAUGGGGGCAAUAGGUUAGAGGACAUGAUGCGAGUAGCCCAAGAUCAGUUCAAUGAAAACCCGACCACAUUUGAGAGGAUGUUAAGUGAUUAUGAAAAACCCUUGUACCAAGGCUGUAAGAAGUAUACAAGAUUAUCAGUUGUAUUGAGAUUAUAUAAUCUGAAGGCAGGUCAUGGUUUGACUGAUAGCAGUUUUACCGACAUUCUUGAGUUAAUAAAAGACAUGCUACCAGAUGAAAAUGUCCUUCCAAGACUGUGCAAUGUUUCGCGUUACAAGAAGAAAGAAGGGGUGCCAGCUAAGGUGUUGUGGUAUUUCCCAAUAAUUCCAAAAUUUAAACACUUGUUUUCACAUGCGAGUAAUGCAGAAAAGUUGACUUGGCAUUCUGAGGGGCGAAAAAAAGAUGGGAAACUUAGACACUCAGCCGACUCCCCUCAAUGGAGGUUUAUUGAUGCAAAAUUUCAUGAGUUUGCCAAAGAAAAGAGAAAUUUACGCCUUGCAUUGUCCACCGAUGGUAUGAAUCCAUUUGGUAAUCUAAGUAGUAGUUAUAGUACCUGGCCGGUAGUUUUGGUUACAUAUAACCUACCUCCUUCUUUAUGCAUGAAAAGAAAGUACAUGAUGCUAUCCUUAUUAAUUUCUGGGCCAAAACAACCUGGAAAUGACAUUGAUGUAUACUUGGCGCCCCUUAUUGAUGAUUUAAUGACGUUGUGGGAGAAAGGUGUAGAAGCGUUUGAUGCACAUCGAAAUGAAAUGUUUAAUUUGAGAGCUAUGUUAUUUUGCACCAUUCAAGAUUAUCCAGCUUAUGGUAAUCUUUCAGGGUAUACAGUGAAAGGAUGUUAA